AUGAGCCCUCGAACGAACGACGAAUGGGCGACUGUAAUUGGUCAAAAAAUCACCGAGGUGCUCGCGGAUACGUCUGAACCUUCAUCUUCCUUCACCUCACUCAAUUCUCCAAACGACGUAUUCGCAUCCGGAAUCGAUCACACCCUCCUUAAACCAGAUGCUACUCCGGCACAAAUCGACGCGCUUGUGGAUGAAGCUGUCAAGUAUCGGUUCAAGUCGUGCUGCGUGAAUGGAAUAUAUACCAAACAAGUCGCUGAAAAACUCAAAACUCAUGGAUCCGAAACGAUUGCGUGUACAGUCAUUGGGUUUCCGUUGGGUGCCAGUACGACGGCUGUGAAGGCAUUCGAAACCCGAGAUGCUAUAACCUCCGGAUCUCAAGAAAUCGACAUGGUCAUUUCGAUCGGCCUACUGAAAUCAAAAGACUACGCCUCUGUACAUACCGACAUAUCGUUCAUCGUCCAAGCUGCAUCUCCCGUUCCCGUAAAAGUCAUUUUAGAAACUGUGUUCUUGACUCCGGAGGAGAUCAUCGCCGGUUCAUUUAUUGCAGCUGAAGCUGGAGCUGCAUUUGUAAAGACUUGUACUGGGUUUUCCGGGGGUGGCGCAACGAAGGAGGAUGUCAAGUUGAUGUGGAGGAGUGUGAAGUACAAGGAAGGUGCGGUUGGGGUCAAGGCUAGUGCGGGGAUCCGAUCGUUUGAGAAAUGUUUGGAGAUGUUCAAAGCAGGGGCAGAGAGGAUUGGAACAUCAUCGGGCGCAGCUAUUAUGGCGUUGACUACGACUGCAGCAGGUGCAUAUUGA